AUGUGUUCUUCAUGGUUUUCGCAGUCGCAAACAUUGUCAACGAUGCACGGUGGCGGAUUCGUCGACGGUGCCAUCGAGCGUUCCAAGCGCGACCGCGCAAUUAUGUUGCAGAAGCAGAAGGAGGACGCCGAGGCGAAGGAAAAGCACGUCAUUGAAUUGCUGACAAUGAUGGACACAGACGGGGAUGCUUUGAUUUCGUUUCCCGAGUUCCUGAAAAGCUUAGAGAACGAAGACAUUCGCGACUACAUUACCGCAUUGGACGUUGAUGUCGAUGACGCGAAGCUGUUCUUCAAUAUGCUGGACAGAGAUGGCAGCGGUACUGUUGACAUCAUGGAAUUCACGAGCGGGAUGCGAAGAUUCAGAGGCGAUGCCAAAAGCGUCGACAUGCACAUGCUGCUUUACGAGAGCAAGCGGUUGUUCAAAUUGGUGUGCUGCCUCGUGGGCACCAUGUGUGGGGAGGUAGAGGACGAGGAUGUCUUGGGUCCGGGUACGCCGGACGAGGACGAGUGCAGCGAUUGA